AAUCGAAGUCCCAAGCUUUGCGCUCGAAAAAGUAACCAAAAAAAUAAUAUGGAUUUGCAAGUUAAUUAUUGUUUUUGCGGUAUUACUUACGAUACUGAACAGUUUAUGAUACAAUGUGAUGUGUGCAAAAAAUGGUAUCACGGCGGGUGUGUCGCUGUCAAAGAAUAUAUGUCAACAGAUUUGGACAAAUAUCAUUGUCCAGAGUGUGAAACUACAUGUGGGCCAUCCAUAAUGAAAGUCCAGAGAAACUGGCAUCGUCAUGAGUAUGCAGAACCCGAUGCGGAUGGGAAACCAGUUCAGACUGGAACUGCUGUCUUUGUGAGAGAAUUAAAAUCAAGGAACUUCCCAAAAGCUGAUGACGUUGUAAAGCACGUCAGGGGGCAACAAUUGACAUUGGAAUAUCUGCAAAAUAAUGGUUUUGAGACACCCAUUAUUAUCGAUGGAAAGGAUGGUUUGGAUAUGGUUGUCCCACCACCCAAUUUCAGUGUUUAUGACGUGGAAAGUUACAUAGGUGGCGACCGUGAAAUGGAUGUAAUAGAUGUGACAAGACAGAGUGACUUACGGAUGAAAUUGCGAGAUUUCGUCGAGUAUUACAACGAUCCUUGCAGAACGCGAGUCUUCAACGUGAUAAGUCUUGAAUUUACGAAUACAGGUCUUUCGCCGAUGAUCGAGGCACCUUACAUAGCGAGAAAGCUCGAUUGGGUAAAUUCCGUGUGGCCGCGAGAUUGGCCCGAAGACAGCGAAUUGAAACUGCCCGAAGUUCAAAAGUACUGUCUCAUGGGUGUGAAAGAUAGCUUUACAGACUUUCACAUUGAUUUCGGAGGCACCUCGGUGUGGUACCACGUUUUACAUGGUGAAAAAAUUUUCUAUCUCAUCAAACCGACGCCAGCCAAUUUGCAACUUUAUCAACAAUGGAUGUGCAGCGCUGCACAGAGCGAAACUUUCUUCGGGGAUCAAGUCGAUGCUUGUUACAAAUGUACCAUUAAACAGGGACAAACCAUGAUGAUCCCAACUGGAUGGAUCCAUGCUGUACUCACACCCAUUGACUCCCUCGUUUUUGGAGGGAAUUUUCUUCACGGUCUCAACAUUCCUAUGCAAAUUCAAAUCUACGAACUGGAAAAAAAAAUCAAAACCCCCAAAAAAUUUCAAUACCCCGGUUUCGAGACAGUAAAUUGGUUUGCAGCGAAGAAACUAUUGAAGGAGCUUCGUGAAUUGAAUGAGGAGGAAAAAAAGUGCCCGGCUUAUUUCUUGCAAGGCAUCAAAGCGUUGCUUGCCAUUUUGAAGCAAUGGAACACGGAUAAGGAUUACAACAUGAUAAGUCGGAGUCAAAUUCCAGAAACGGUGAACAGUCAAAAAUUGUUGAAAGAUAUGAGCAAAGAGAUAAGACACGCGGAACGUUAUUUGAUUUCUUUGAACCCACCGAAACCGGAGCGUGAAAGUAAAAGAAAAAAGAAGCGACCGAUAAAUAAGGAUUUUGUUAAUUACGACGUCGUUGAUCGUAUGGCGGCAAACACAUUUUCGACGAAUCUCAAAAGCACUGCAUCGAAAAAAGCGGAGCCUACAAAUCAGGAAAAGCCACAAAUAAGGCCACCACUCAAAAUAACUUUACCGAAACCUCCGCCGGUACCAAAAAACAAUUCUACAAGAGUACAGAAAAAAUCGACUGGUAUUAUGAAAAAGAAGAGGUCCCUCAAACAGGGAAAACAAAGUCCGACAGUCAUAAGAUUUAAACUUGGAGACAAAGAAGUCGUUAGAAGUACCAACGACGACGUUAACAUUCAUAGUAAUUUUGCUAUCGAUCAGAGAGUCCCUACCACCAAGGAAUUGACGUGGAAACAAACUUCCGUUUAUGAUUUUCACGAUGGUAGCAAUGAAAGUGAUUAUGAUGGUUUUACCAUUGACGAAAAUCCUAAAAGAAAAAAAUCUACAAAAACUCCUGGUAAUAAAAAAGUCAAAAAAAUUAUCCAAGCUGGAGUCGAUGUUCUGAGCGAAGCUCCGAAAAAUGGCAUCGAAGAACUUUUGAAAGCUUCGGCUUAUGCGUUACCUGCAGGUACCCAACGCUUGGAAGUCCCAGCAUCAGCAACGAAUCCCACGCCAGGACAAACGGUACCAGCACCGCCGAUCGGUAUUUAUAAAUUGAAAACGGCCAGUUCUGGCAGGGCAUCACCAUCGACGAGGGAAGCCAUUGCGGGGAUGCUGUCCUUCAGUGCACAAUGUUAUUCCACGACCUCCGAGAGUCCGGAAAAAUCAACCAAAUCGAGUAAAUCUGGACACGAGGAAGAUGAGGAUGAUCAGUCGAUAGAAAAUAUAGACAAAGUCCAUCAGGAUGAAGAUUUUAUUUACCCAACGUUAGACGCUUCAGACGACGAGGAAUACAUUUUCAAGCCUCGAGGAAAGAGACGAGUGGACGAAGCCUGGAAUCCGAAAGCUCGAGUCGGUCCCCUUCUUCCAAAAACGAACAGGCCAGCUCGAGAAGGAGUGAAGAAAACAUCAGUGGAGAAAGGACUCGAAGCUGCAGCUGCGAAAAGAGCUAAACAGGCGGACGAUUUUUCGGAGCAGAACGUGAAAAAAGAGAGCAAAAAACGAGCGACGGCAGCAAAACGAACGUACAAAAAGCAGAAAAAGGAAAUACCAGUAAUUGUUGAACCUCCGCCGCCUCCGCCGCCACUUCCAGUCGAGGAACUCGCAAAACCUCUGAUUGGUUACGGUUCUAUUUUGACCAGUCCCAAUCGACUCAAAGACGUCAAAGCUAAAUUAGCAGCGCCAAUCCCUGUCGAACGCAAACCACGAAAGGGUAUGAAAACGGCGAAGCAACGAUUAGGAAAAAUUUUAAAACUCCACAAGAUGAUGCAUUGAAAAAGUAGGAGAAAGAAAUAAGAAUAUAUUGACUCAUUCGCGUACAGAAAUAAUCUGUAAAGGGUGUACAUUGCUAUGUAAAUAGUAUUUUCUUUUUUUUUAAGUAUUAAAAACGAUAAAACCGUUUUCAUGAGAAAAACAGAAGAGACACUGCGAAAAUGCGACGACUCGGUGAUCUUCGAUUUAAAGUGACAAUGCAAUGAAGAUUAUCUCAAAAAUCAUUAAACUGGUUCUGAAAUCUUGUAGAAUCUCGCAAUAAUCGAAAAAAAACCAUAAACUGCGAAGUACUUCGUGGGCCAUGAGAAUUUUUCGAAUGAUCAGAUAGACAGAGGAGGUUGUGUAGUUCAUCGUUCUCAUUCAUGCUUUCUUUUUCACUUCAUUUUUUAUCUUUAUAAAUAUCCGCUUGGAGUAUUUUUUUCCUUCUAAUAAACGAGGGAACUAAUUUUGUCAUCAUCGAAAGACAAAGUAACCGGUGUGUCGAUUGAAUCAGUAUUAUUAUUGUAAAACUCAAGCUAAUCAUUCUAUAUUGAUGUUUUUUUAUUGUCGAUAACGAAGCUGGAACGCCGACAAACAUUUUAAUUUUCACUCCGAUUUAAUGAAAGUUGUGUUGUUUCAAAACCAGAUUUAGCUCGCUCCCAUAAUGACAUGAAUAUUUCAUAUCUCGAAAUCACAAUAUGCCUAAAUAGAAAAAAUGACUGAAAUUUAGUUCAUUAGGUUAAUUAUUGUUCAAGCAAUUAGCCACAGGUUUUAUCUACUCGCAGAUGACUUGAUCAUUGAAAUUGCAUAAUCAGUUGGCCAAAAAAUCUCCAUAACGAGGAAACUUGAAAGGCUUUUAAGUCCAAGCUUUCAUCGAUUGAAUAAUCGCUUGUUAUAAUGAUUAAUCGUUGUGCAAAUGAAAUAAUUUUCCGUCGCAAAUCAUUCGUGAAACUGCUUCACGAAUCGAUACAAAACAAUUAAUAAAUUAAGCAUGUAAAGCUUCACGCAGUUCGCGUUCAAACUAAGCUUGGGUAAUAGAGAAUUCUUUUCUAUAAUCUUGAUGAUUUUCGCGAGGAUUUCAUUUAUGCGUUAUUUUAUAUUGAAAACUAGCUAUAUGUAUAAAUAUUCGUACAGAAAUAUUUUUUUACAGACCAUCUUUAUAUCUGUAUAUGUUGAAUUUCAAGUAGUACAACGAAUUAUGCGUUUUGUUAUUGUUUUUCACAUGCCGAUUGUUUCGUCUAUUGGUCAUAAUUGCGCUGCAUGUAAUCAUAAUUAACAAUGAAAUGGAAAAUAAGUGAUUAGAAAAAAACGGGAAAAAAUAUCAGGAAAUUUUGGAGAUUCGACAAUCAACGAACAUUUUUUUUACAAAUUUAAUACUAAAAACGUCCAUAAUUUUGUCCUUCGAAUGUUCGCUUGUAUAAAGCACUUUGCAAAAUGUAAAUCAUCGAAUUUUAUUCGAAAGUCGAUUAUUGCUUUAAAUUAUUGCUCGUGGAAGUCGGAAUUGAUUAAACUUUGUAAGCUUCUAUUUUUAAUGUUUUGAAAACAAUGGAAUUAAGCAUUCGUGUAAGAAAAUUUAAUGACUCAUUGCCCUUGUAGCUUAAUAAUUAAAUUUAUCAAUAAUUGUACAUUGCAUCGUACUGAAUGUAUAUUAUUUUAUGUAUAUUAACGAGACGAAAACUAAAAACGACGACGAUUCCACCGACGAGAGGACCGAGAAUUUUCGACUCGCGCAUUUAUAGAUCAUAAAAUGAAUAAUAAGAUGCAAGAGAAAUAAAGGGGCGACUUAGCAAAUAGUUUUUAUUUAGGAAAAAAUAAAUACGAUAUUGUACAUACGAAAACAAUUAUAACUACUUAAAUAAUGAUACAAAUACACUUUGUUUAUAAUUUUACGAAAAAAAGCAUCGCGUUGUCGCGCUAGAGUCUCAACUUUUUCAAAAUAAAUUAUUCAUUGUCGCUAUGCAAAUAAAUCCAUUAUCACAAAGAGUAAAUAAAAGAAAAUUACUGACAUAAA